AUGCAAAGAAGGGGGGCCUCUCGGAGAGAUUGUGGAGAGGGAGCUGAGAUGACUUGUUGCCAGCCAUCCUUGGUUGCCGCUUCAUGCUCGUGGUGUUUACUACAUCAUGCUAUUGUUUACCAUGGCCAUCUCGGCGCAUGCACGGGGCACGCAUGUAGCGCCAGCAGAUGUCGCAAUCGAAUACAGUGCCGGUGUCAUUGGUGCGCAGCGUGGAUCCUGGAGAGGAGCGUGUUUGUAUUUUGUUCUGCCACGUCGUGCGCUGUGGUGCAUGGACGCUUAGUAGGCGCAUGCCCGCAGCGAGGCCUAUGGCCAAAUGGCACCGAAGGGCAGACGCUAGGCCAGCCCCGCGAAUAUCAGAGUGGCUGA